AAUUCGAAUUUCAAAAUGAAAAAAUCCGAAUUGAACUUGGGCUUCGUAGUAACAACACUAACCAGCGUGCUGUCAAGCAGGUUUUUGAUGAUGGUUCUAUUCGAGAAUUUCCGUCGUUAGCUGAAGCACAGCGUAUAACUGGAACUAGCCGGUCAAAUAUUUGUGAAGUAUGUCGAGGUAUUCGAAACCAUGCUGGAGGUUAUCGCUGGGAUUGCUGGUUCAUCGCUGGAAGAACCCAACACUUUUGCAUUAUUGCAAUUGGAGUCAUAUCAUCUAGUUGCGGGACGUACCCAUCACCCGCCAGACGUACUAUUGGGCUAGCAAAAAGGCCGAUAUGUUCUCCAUCUCGUACAUCCACCGGGACGUACCCAUCACCCGCCAGACGUACUAUUGGGCUAGGUGGAGACAAGAAGGCAAUCAUGACUGUACUCCGUAAGUAUGACUGGUGCCUUGUUGAAUUUCUUGAGUUUAAGAAAAGCGAAGUCCUGGCUGGCCUUCCGAAGGUAUCCGUGCAUCAUUCGUAUAAGAGAGGUUUACAAUUGAUCUUGGAAUCAGAACCACCUGAAGAUAUCUCCUUCGCCAUUAUGAGACAACUAACACAAAAAAUAACGGAUACAAUAACUACUGAGAAGAAAUAUAGGGAACAGUUAACUAAUAUCAGAGCCAGUGCUUCAUUCGAAAGUGAUGUUCUCAAGAUUCGCGGGAAAAGAUUAUUUGAAGAAAUUGAUGAUGUAGCUAAACGAGAUGUAAAGAGAGUGGAACUUGGAAAUGAUAAUGAAGAUAUUAGCACACCCACAAGAAUUGGAUUUGAAGCUCAAAGUGAAAAAAUAGAAAAUGAAGAAUACGAAGAAUUUGGUAUUUUAUCGUCUAAAGUUAUUCCUGGGUUUAAAUCCCUUAAAAGUACUCUUAAUAUAAGAUAUCCUGAGAUAGUAAACGAGAUCGAAACUCAUGAGGAAGAACAGAAGAGAUUAACUAACCUAGGAACAACUCUUAAGGUAUGGUUGCGAAAAACUUUAUCAGCAUCCACUCCAGAAGAGUUAUAUGGAUACCUUGGGGAGCAAUUGCAAGGCGAAAACAUCACAGACAGAGACAAAAAAUUAUAUGAAAUAUUCGAAUUAACGCUAAAGGAAUUUUAUUUAAUGAUCAAAUACAAUCCAAAAUAUACUCUCAUGAGACACAAUUCAGAGAGAAAAUUCCUCGUCGAAAGGGUGUCAACACCAUUUAAACUCGUCGAAUAUGUGUUUGGGACUAUUACGACGUACUGGAUUGAAAAAGAAAUUAUGUCAACAAAGGCAACAGAGUUCGUAGAUGAUCCAAUUGGUGAGCCAGUAUCGAAGAAGGCUGAUGCAUUGGCCACAGAUCUUACAUAUAAUAUAGACGUUAUGAAUAUGGAAUCAUCAGGAGGUCCCUUUCAACAGGACAGAAAACAUACUCUCGAGGAUUCGGAAAAGAUCUCCAAUACUGGCGUAAACAUUCUCCUUAUGAGUCUCCGAAAGUAUCUUUGUGCUAGCCCACGGAUCUGCAAAGAGAUUGAAGUCAGAAGUGCCGUCUUUCCAUUUGCUUUAUCUUCCAUAGGAGAAUAUAUGCGUAUUUUUGAGCUUAUAUCAUACUAUGUGGAUGGACUGCUCAAGCGCCAAGAGGUUAUGCAGGAGUUGUCUAAAGAAAGUAAUGGAGUAAAGGAGGUAGCUUCAGAAAUAUUUUCGGAUUGGUGGA